AUGUCGCGUCGGACGUCGCACACAAAGACCACGACCCUUUUCAUGGACAUUCUGCUCCUCCAUGACCUGCUCGUCGUCUGCCUCACUUCCCUGCUGCUCUUCCCCAUGUUCCUUGCUUGGCAAACCAUCAUGCACGUCCGUUGCAUGCAUCCCAUGCAACGCAUCAUCGUCAUCGACGUGUUCCGUGAGGUGCUGGUUGGGACACAUGUCCACCGAACGUGGUAUCCCAUCGCCACCAUUAUCAUCCAUGCUAGCCUUGUAAGGCAAGCUAUCCUCCACAAAAUGACAGUCACGUGA